AUGAUGUUAUAUAAGCUCGUUGUACUUGGAGAUGGUGGUGUUGGCAAAACUGCCCUCACAAUUCAGACAUACGACCCUACAAUCGAGGAUUCAUAUAGGAAACAAGUAGUCAUUGAUGAUCAACCUUGCGUUCUAGAAGUAUUAGAUACUGCUGGACAAGUCUAUUCUAUAUCUUCACGUUCAACAUUUGAGCGAGUAGAACGAUUUCGAGAUCAGAUCACUCGAGUGAAGGACACUGACCAGGUUCCCCUUAUGCUUGUUGGAAAUAAAUGUGAUAAAAUUACCGAGCGGGAGGUAUCGAGAGAAGAAGGAAUGAAUAUGUCAAGAAAACUCAAAUGCGAAUUUAUUGAAAGUUCGGCGAAGACUUAG